UCAAAAAAGUGAUACAUUAGCAAAGUUGGAAUCACUGUUCAGCUUAAUCAAUUCUGCAUGUGUAUAUACUAUUGUAAAUGUGAGUUAAUAUGGGUGAAUCUGAGCAAAACCUUUUGUCCUGCACUUUCCAGAAAGUGAUGCAAAAUAGAAGAAUUUAACAAUGGCUCCACAUCCUGUCAUGCAAGCCAUCAUUGAUCUGUCAGCUGGAGCAUGUGGUGGGAUUGCGUGUGUGUUAAGCGGGCAGCCCUUCGAUACAGCCAAGGUGAAAAUGCAGACUUUCCCUGGCUUGUACAGAGGCUUUGUCCACUGCUUCGUCUCAGUAUACAAACAGGUUGGACUGCGAGGGCUCUAUCAGGGCACCACACCUGCCCUCAUAGCCAACAUUGCUGAAAACGCUGUGCUCUUUAUGAGUUACGGCUUCUGCCAGAAUGUUGUCCGCUUUGUUUCGGGAUUGGACCAAGGCACAGAUCUCAGUGAUGUUCAGAAGGCGUGCUCAGGCUCUGUUGCUUCUAUCUUCUCCUCUUUGGCUUUAUGCCCCACUGAACUGGUUAAAUGUCGGCUGCAGGCCAUGCAUGAAAUGGAGGCGUUCGGCAAGAUCGCCAGUGGACAGAAAAGCACAGUGUGGUCUGUUGUGAGAAACGUGCUACGGACAAAUGGUCCUCUGGGUUUCUAUCAGGGUCUCACCACCACUAUAGUCCGUGAGAUACCUGGAUACUUCUGUUUCUUUGGAGGAUAUGAAUUCAGCCGCUCAAUGUUUGCCCAACACAUGGGCAGAGACAAAGAGCACAUAGGUGUUGUGCCAUUGAUGUUCAGUGGUGGUUUUGGCGGUGCCUGUCUGUGGUUGGUUGUGUACCCCAUAGACUGUGUGAAGUCUCGCAUCCAGGUUCUGUCUUUAGCCGGGAAACAGGAAGGCUUCCUCAAGACUCUUAUGGGGAUUUUACGAAAUGAGGGAGUGGCGCCUCUGUAUUCCGGUUUGACCCCAACUAUGAUCCGAACAUUUCCUGCCAAUGGAGCACUCUUUUUAGCAUAUGAAGUCAGCCGCAAGAUAAUGAUGCAACAGUUUGAACAAUGAGUCCAGUCUGCAAGAUUCUCUGAAAGAUUCAACUUUUAAGACCAAUGACUUAUCAUCCAUAUCUGCUGGUCACAUGUUAGCAAACAGGGAAAGCAAUUUAUUUAGUUAUAUCUUCAUUCUUUCAGGAAGUAGCUGAUGCUAUAAAAAUGUUACAAUUAAUUUUGCAUUACUCAACUUAAAUAAUUGUUUUAAAUACGGUAUAUUCAUAUAAUACCAGUUCUAUUAGUUAGUGGGCAUACUGGAUUGUGUGAUAUCAUAGGCAGCAAUACUACUGAAUACAGUAUGCCGUACAGGAGACAACACAUAAUGUCAUAAUGCCAAGAAAAGUUUUUCCAUUUAUAUAUAGGUAUAUAUAUCUA